AUGUUAAAAUUAGCACUGGGCACCUGUUUCGUUCUUAUUGUAGCACUCGGUGUAACUGACACUUAUAGCCUUCGGAUCGGAGGUCCAGAACUUCACCUCGGAAAAUGGUCGUAUACUAACAACGAAACCCAAGCCUCUACAUGGGGAGAACACUUCACACAGUGUGAUGGUGCAUUCGAAUCACCGAUCGAUAUUGUCAAAGGUGAUACGAAGAGUGCUUCAACUCUAAAACCGAUUCGAAUCAAUCCAGACUCGGUUGAUUACUCACAAACCACAUAUCAGGUUAUAAACACCCAACAUUCAGUUCAAAUCGUAUUCCCUGAUAACGUGUGGAGAGUGUCGUUAGACAACACCACGAAGGGUAGUUAUUGUGUGAAACAGAUGCACUUCCAUUGGGGCAGUAACGAUUCAGUUGGUUCGGAGCAUACCCUCGACGGAAAACGUUUCUCGCUGGAAGCACAUCUGGUGACAUACAACUGCGAUCUGUACAGCACGUAUGAAGUGGCAUCUACCAGUCCUUAUGGUCACGCAGUUUUAGGGUUCUGGGGCAUGGAACAAUCGAACGUGCAAAGUGAGAACACCUUGCUUGGCAAACUGGGUCAAUUUCAAACGAAAAUCGCAGAAGUUCUGGAAAUCGGUGUAUCGGUGAAUAUAUCCCCGUUUGAUUUGAGAGCCGUGUUCAGCUUGGUAGACCCAGCCUCCUAUUAUCGAUACAUGGGUUCACUGACCACUCCUGGAUGUACACAGAAUGUGAUUUGGACCAUGUUUACCACAGUGGCCCCAAUCUCGAAGGAACAGUUGAUAGCUCUACGAAAUCAAAACUUUGGUACAAACGAGGAACAGAAAAAAAUGGAAAACAACUUCCGUCCUGUGCAACAACUCAACUCCGAAAAGACUCCUAUUCCCAGAGUUGUUUAUCGGGCCAGCAGUGGUCUGGUACAUGCAAAUGCGCUUGUUUUGCUCAUUCUACACGCCUUCCGAGAGCUCGCUCAGUAA